GUAGAGAGCAGUAGGAUGGGAGUGAAGUAGAGAGGAUGCUGAAUUAGAGGGUUCCUUAGAUGCAGGACUCUCACAGAUAAAGUCUUUUUUGUAAGGCGAUGGUCCUUUCUGUCAAUGACCCACCAAGGAUGGAGAAGGACAGAAUCCGUAUGGCUGCACGGAUAAUAGACCUCGCCCUAGAGAUCAUCUCCUUGAUAACUGGAGAGGAUUACACAGUAGUGAAGAAGUUGCCUGAUGAGUGUGUGACACCUCGUGUGUCAGGAGGGCGGAGCAGGACCCAGAGCCCCAUCACCGAGCCCACACCUCAUUCACUGAUACAUGAGCAGAAGAUCCUAGAACUUACCAACAGGAUCACUGACCUGCUGACCAGAGAGGUUCCUAUAAGGUGUCAGGAUGUCGCUGUCUAUUUCUCCAUGGAGGAUUGGGAGUAUUUAGAAGGACACAAGGAUCAGUACAAGGACCUAAUGAUGGAGAAUAACCAACCCCUCACAUCACCGAAUGGAUCCAGUCAGAGAAAUCCACCAGAGAGAUGUCCCAGUCCUCUAUAUUCCCAGGACUGUCCAGAGGAAGAGCAGAAUGUCCCACUGGAUCAUCAGGAAAGUGAUGGAAGUGGAAGGACGAGUGGCCUGGAGAACCCCAGACCAGUGUCAGCGACUGAUGAAGACAUUACGAGAAGCUCCCAAAUACAUCACCUUCUAUCUGCCUCUGAUGAGGUUGAAGAAAAUCAAUCAGAGAUCGGGAAUAGCAGAACUGAACAUAGACUAGAGAAUGAACAUUUUGAACACCGGAAACAUUUUGCAAAGAAAUUUUCUCUUUCCUUACAUGAGAGAAUUCAGAGAGAUGGAAAGCCUUUUUCAUGUUCAGAUUGUGGGAAAUGUUUCACCUAUAAAGCGGGUCUUGUUACACAUAAGAGAAUUCACACAAUGGAGAAGCCAUACUCGUGCGUGGGAUGUGGAAAAUGCUUUAUGCAUAAAGAUUCGUUUCAGAAACAUCAGAGAACUCACACAGGGGAGAAGCCAUUUUCAUGUCCUGAAUGUGGGAAAUGUUUUAUAUGUAAAAGUGUUCUUGUGAGACAUCAGCGAAUUCACACAGGGGAGAAGCCAUUUUCAUGCCUGGAAUGUGGAAAAUGUUUUACGCAUAAAGAUUCUUUUGAGAAACAUCUGAGAAUUCACACAGGGGAGAAGCCGUAUUCAUGUCCUGAAUGUGGGAAAUGUUUUACCCAAAAAUCUAAUGUUAUGAAACAUCUAAGAAUUCACACAAAGGAAAGGCCGUUUUCAUGUUCAGAAUGUGGGAAAUGUUUCUUGGUUAAAGGUACUCUUGAUAGACAUCAGAAAAUUCACACUGGGGAGAAACCAUUUUCCUGUUCUGAAUGCGGGAAAAAUUUUAUACAAAAAUCAGCUCUCAUUUACCAUCUGAAAACUCACACGGGUGAGAAGCCAUUCUCUUGUUCUGAAUGUGGAAAAUAUUUUAGCCAGAAAUCAGCCCUGGUUUACCAUCUGAAAACUCAUGCAGGUGAGAAGCCGUUUUCCUGUUCGGAAUGUGGGAGAUGUUUUAUCCUGGAAUCGGUUCUUAAGGAUCAUCAGAGAACUCACACGGGGGAGAAGCCGUUUUCAUGUCCUGAUUGUGGGAAAUGUUUUAGAACUCAAUCAAGUCUUGUAAUACAUCAGAGAAUUCACACGGGGUUGAAGCCAUUUUCAUGUUCUGAAUGUGGUAAAUGUUUUAGAACUCAAUCAAAUCUUGUUCAACAUCAGAGAAUCCACACCAAGAAGAAGCUAUUUUGAUUCACAGAUUUUAGAAAUGUGGUGGGUGGGUGGCUCUAUUGUAGGACCUGCUGCCUUAGGAUGGCUUCUGAUUCUGUCGCCCAAUGGGCAGCAUAAACUGGUGACUAAUCUGCUUAGCAAAUCUUUAGGUCACUUACUGUAAUUGGCAUUGCCUCCUAUUUUUUCCUGUAUCAAUAGGUGGCAGUGGGUGGAGAGAGCCCGGGUCCACAUGAAUAUGAGGACUCAUCUGCUCACACUCUCUAUUGAACAGAUUCCAGUACUGGAGCUGUUUGUUACUAUUUUUUAGGAAAAUGGCUCAGAAAUUAAUCCAAAGUUUGGAGGAUCGGUCACUGGUUUAUGGUGACCUUAGUUAGGGCAGCAACGAUCUGGUGAUACAGAAAAUCUGAAAACAGAAAACCAUUGCUACUAAACAGAGAGAUAUUGGAUAUGAUCUUAGUAAUGGUUAUUAUGGGUUAAAGGGCAUCUGUCAGCAGUUUUGUACCUAUGACACUGGCUGACCUGUUACAUGUGCACUUGGCAGCUGAAGACAUCUGUGUUGGUUCCAUGUUCAUAUGUGCCCGCAUUGCUGAGAAAAAUGAUGUUUUAAUACAUGCAAAUGAGCCUCUAGGAGCAACAUGGGAGUUUCCAAUACUCCUAGAAGGUCAGCCUGAUGUGCAACUGCCGCACUCCCUGCACUUUGAUUGACAUAGCCAGGCAGUGAAAAUGUGAUCACACCUGGUCCUGAUGUCUCCUAAAGUCUCACUCUGCGCAGUUU